AUGGGGACACAGCGGGACACCCACCGCACUCCACACUGGUGGAGACCCGCGUGGCGGCCACCGCCGGGUGUGGAGCCCUGGCCCCUCGCUGACCACCCCGUGGGGAAAAGAGGGGCCUGGUGUCAGAGCCAAGACUACUGGCUGAGGGCGGCAGCCAGCCCCUGCUCUGGGCUGAUUCCCCUCUUCUCUCCGCAGAUUUUCCGCCGAGCAGAUAAAAACGAUGACGGGAAGCUGUCCCUGGAGGAGUUCCAGCUCUUCUUCGCCGACGGUGUCCUCAACGAGAAGGAGCUGGAGGACCUCUUCCACACCAUCGACUCCGACAACACAGACCAUGUGGACACCAAGGAGUUAUGCGAUUACUUUGUGGAGCACAUGGGGGACUAUGAGGAUGUCUUGGCCUCCCUGGAGACCCUGAACCACUCCGUCCUGAAGGCCAUGGGCUACACCAAGAAGGUGUAUGAAGCGGGGAGCAGCGUGGACCAGUUCGUGACCCGCUUCCUCCUGAAGGAGACGGCCGGCCAGAUCCAGUCGCUGCUCAGCUCCGUGGAGAGCGCCGUGGACGCCAUCGAGGAGCAGACCAGCCAGAUCCGACAGGACCACUGCAAACCCAGCCACGUUGUCAUGGAGACCUGGUUCGGAGGCCCCUCUCCUCCCUACGCCCCCAACCACAAGCUUGCCACCCCGGAGCAAGGGAAGAGCCUGUCGCCCGUCAUCAGGGACCCAAAAGAGGAGGGCCUGGAGGCCCAGAUCGGGAGGCUGGCAGAGCUGAUUGGACGGCUGGAGAGCAAGACCCUCUGGUUUGACCUGGAGCAGCGCCUCUCGGAUGACGAAGGCACCAACAUGCACCUGCAGCUGGUCCGGCAGGAGAUGGUGGUGUGCCCUGAGCAGCUGAGCAGCUUCCUGGACUCCCUGCGCCAGUACCUGAGGGGCACCGCAGGAGCAGGGAGCUGCUUCCACAUCGCCGCCGUGAAGCUAUCGGACGGCUUCACCUUCGUCAUCUACGAGUUCUGGGAGACGGACGAGGAGUGGAAGAGGCACCUGCAGAGCCCGGUGUGCAAGGCGUUCCGGCACGUCAAGGUGGACACGCUGAGCCAGCCUGAGGCCCUCUCCCGGAUCUCUGUGCCAGCUGCCUGGUGCACCGUGGGCCGGGAUUGACCCCUUCCUGUGACCGGAGGACGCCUGCUCUUUUCUAGCAACUUUGGUACACAGCAG